AUGGGUAAAACGGCGUACACUAUAAACGGUUCGAGCAAUGGGACCACCAACGGACGGGAUGACAAAAAGGUACACCGCGAGGACGAUAAGGAGCGACAGGAAGUGAGCACGUUUCGUCGCAUCUUGCCCCAGAUACUGGCCAGCACGGCAAAAAAUUUCCUUCUCCUCGAUCUCGGCAUGGCGGUCGCAUUUCCGACGAUCGUCAUUCCGGCACUGCGGGGAAUAAAAAACCGUGCACCGGAUGAGUUUCUGCACUUUACGCCCCAGCAAGCGUCCUGGUUCGGCAGCAUCGCGUACAUUUGCCAACCGGUCGGAAGUGUCCUUUCCGGCAUCAUUCUCGAACCGCUCGGACGAAAGCGUUCGAUGAUUCUAGUCAACAUACCGCACAUUAUCGGAUGGUUCAUGCUGCACUUUGCUGGAUCGCUCGAGGAAAUGUACACAGCGGCGAUCCUGCUCGGAUUGGGCGUCGGCUUUAUGGAGGCUCCAAUUGUAACCUACGUUGGGGAAAUUUGCCAACCUUCGAUACGGGGAAUUCUUACAUCUUGUGCCGGAGUGGCUGUGAUGUUGGGAUUCUUCAUGGUCUAUCUACUGGGCACGGUUACCACGUGGCGUACGACAGCGGCCAUCUGUGCCGCCAUUCCCAUCGCGACGAUGAUCGCGAUCUGUUUCGUGCCGGAAACUCCGAUGUGGUUGCUGUCGAAGAACCGUGCCGACGAUGCGCUCAAGUCACUCCAAUGGCUGCGGGGCUGGGUAUCGCCGAAAGCCGUGGAGCAAGAGUUCCAGGAGAUGAAACGCUACAGCCUGCACUCGGCAAAGUGUGCCAUCUGUCAGAAAAGUGGUGCAACCACCUGCCAACAUCCGCCACUGACGGAGUGGACAAAGUUGAAGGAACUUACGCGAAAGCGAAACAUGCGCCCAUUCGUGCUGGUGAUGCUGUUUUUCGUGUUCGGCCAGCUCAGCGGAUUGACCGGCAUGAGACCGUAUCUGGUGCAGAUCUUUCAAGCGUACGGAGUGCCGCUGGAUGCUAACUGGGCUACCGUUUCGACCGGACUUCUGGGGCUAAUCGCCAACAUUGUGUGCAUGGUUAGCAUUAAGUUCGUGGGCAAACGAAGGCUCGCCAUCACCUCGAUGGCGGUUACCGCGAUGUCCUGCAUUUCGCUUUCAAUUUACGCGUUUAACACGUUCCCACCCGGAUGGACGUCGUUCGACAACCAUCCGGGCACGAGUCACGUCACAUCGCUGGGCUACAUUCCGAUGGUGCUGUUCUUCAUGUUAGCAUUCUUCACCAGCGUUGGCGUACUGCCGGUGCCCUGGAUUUUGCUCAGUGAAGUCUUUCCAUUCAGAAACCGAAGUUUGGCGUGCGGCAUCACAGCGGCCUUGCACUACGUCAUGUCGUUCGUGACGACGAAGACGUACUUUAAUCUCGAGAGCGCAUUCUCCCUGCCCGGUGUGAUCCUGUUCUACGGCGUGAUGGGCAUUAUCGGACUCGGGUUCGUGUAUUUCUUACUGCCCGAAACGGAGAAACGCACCCUGGAAGACAUCGAACUGUACUUCUCGGACAACAAGCGCAAACUGACCGAUAUCUACAUUCCGCGACGAAACCGCGACGAAGAGAUGGUGGCCGUCGUAUCGAACCUGGCCGAGAAGGCGAUGGAAAAGCAGGGCAUAGAUAACGCCGUCUUUACGGAGGGCGAUAAAUAA